CUAAAACAUUAUACAGUGCAAACAAACCAAACCAACCACCCACAGAUAACAGUACAUACAAGCAACCGUCGUCAGGCAGGCCGGGUCAAUAUCAAUAGGGCAGGUAGGUACAGGGGGAGCAAGCGGAGAUGGGUCGGGGUCACAGGCCAGGUUCAGCAGGUAGCAAGCAGCGUGGUACAGAGGGUCAGGCAGAGGGAUGGUCAGGAGCGAGCCGGGAUCAGAGCAGGAGAAGUCAGCAGCGGUUCAGAUCAGGCAGGGUCAGCAAAGGAACAGAAACAGGAUGCAGGACAGAUACAGGGCCCAGGACAAACACAACACCAAGGCAGAGUCUGCAAGUCUGGCCAU